UGUUUUUCUAUAUGUGCCCUGUGAUUGGUUGGCCACCAGUCCAGGGUGUACCCCGCCUCUCGCCCCAAAACAGCUGGGAUAGGCUCCAGCACCCCCUGAAACCCUCGUGAGGAUAAGCGUUAGAAAAUGAAUGAAUGAAUGAAUGAAUGAGUUCUAUUUUGUGUGGAAGUGGUAACUUUUUGGCUUCUUAUUUUGUCUUAACCUGGUCCAGAAAGCCUAAAAUGUUAACAAACAUAUUUUUUAUAGUUUUAAAAUGAGUUUUUACAUGCAUAAAACAAUUGUAAAUGUAUAUAAAUUAUGAAUUAAGGAGACACAUAAAGAUUCGACAUAACUUUAUACGUAUUUAUAGAAACAAACAAAGCAACAAUCAGUCAGCAAACACUAACCGCAAUUGCAGUACUACACAUCCCAUGUUGCACCGCGGCCUAACCGGAAAGGAACUACAUCCUCGUGUCAAAGUUGAAGCGGGGAACGUGCGUAAUUCUGUGGACUAGCCGUGACUUCUUUUGUGGGAGUUUUUUUUUUAACAAUCCAUGUGAAUUAUGAGACAAAGUGUACAUUUACACGCGUGUUUAUUGGGGUCUGUUAUGAGAAAAUUAUGUCUGUGAACGCGUCCAAACAACAGCUGAUCCCGCUCAUUUAUCGCCAUUUGGAGGAGCAUGGUUUCCACUCGGCUGCAGAAGAGCUUCAGAGGCACAACCCACAGAGUUUUGGGGGAGAUAAUUCGGCGGCAUCGACAUCAUUACAAGAGAUUUACAGUUCCUGGUUAAAGCACUCAAAGAACCGACACUCCAAGUCGAAUGGAGAAGCAUCGACUUCAGCUAAAGCCGCUUCCAAGAAGGCGAAGAAACCUGCAAAAAAGCCCCAGAAACAGAAAUCCGUUGCACCAAAAAGGGAGAAAAAAGAUGACAAGGUGUCAGAAAACGCCACACCGGCGAAAAGACUAAAGAAGCAAGAAAAAGUCGUGGAUCACGGUGAUGGCGAUUCUGACUCUGACAGCAGUUUGGACGUCGAGAAAUGGAAGAAACUGGUUCUACAAAUGACAGAGGUUGACGUGGCCAAAAUGGACACCAUCAACGCUUUGGACUCUUCCACACCCAAUAAGAGAGUCAGGAAACCUCCGACUAAGCUGAAAAUUAACACAUCUGUUAAAAAGAACACCAAGGAGAAGGCGGCGACAAAAGAACCAACCAAGUCAAGUCCGCACGAGAAGACCCCACAAAGAAAAACCUCGACAGAAAAUCCGAUAUCAUUAAGUAGCACGACAGCUACAUCUUCAUCGAAAAAGACACCAAAGAAGGAAAAGUUGAACUCUUUGAUUCCCGCUGAAGAAAAAACAGACAAGAAAAGAAAGAAAAACAAAGAGGAUUCAGCCAGCAAAGUUAAACAGAGUAAAAAAGAAAAAAACACCACCAAUAAUAAAACUGUGGACUUGAACGCUGUUGAAAAACCUUUAGAGAAUACAACAAUCUGUAAUGAGCAGUAUCUCCAAUCCUGGAAUCAAAGCAUAGCGUUGGAGAACGUAGGGAACGCCGAGGAAUUCCCAAGGAAAGAAAAGAAAUCAAAGAAAAAGCAAAAGGAGGCUCUAAACUCUCUGAAUACUUCAGACAUCAUUUUAAAAGACAAGAAACCCAAGAAGAAGAAAAAGACCAAGGAGGACAUAUUUGAUGGCGAUGGAACUUCUGAGCUCACAACCAAGGAGAAGAAAACACCAAAGAAAAAAAAGACGCUUGAUGACGUGCCGGAAAAUGUCGAGGAAGCAAACGGGAAUGAGGAGAUGUCUCCUAGCAUGGACAGUUCCGGUGCUGAUGCGAGAGACAAAAAAUCAAAGAAGAAGAGAAAGAGUCAUACCGUGGAGGCACAGAGAGACAAAUCUCCUAAUGAGGAAGCCAUUGUUCCGAAUGAAAAUGCGAAUGCCACCAUAGAAGACACACCCGAACCGAACACAGAAACGAAGAAGAAGAAGAAGAAGAAGAAGAAGAAACUUUUGGAUACCACAUUACCUCUGUUCACCCUGGAUACCCCUUGUCCGCCAUCUGUGAAAAAGAAAAAGAAGAGUAAAAAGGAGCCAGGCGACGUUCCAGCAACACCUACCACCAACGCAACAUGACCAACAUCGGGAGGAAACCUCGUAUAAAAUCCAUCCACAUGAUGCCAUCAACCUGUCAAUAUGGUUAUCAUCAUUUUUAAUUGAAGAUAAAAAUAAUUAUUUCAGAUGUAGUGUGGUGCUGAUCAUAUACCACUGUUUUAUUUCGCCUUUUUAGAGCAUUUUAGCAUUUUUUUAUGUAUGGUAUUGCGGAUAGCGGCCAUUUUGCAAAUUCUUUUAUAUGUAAAAUUAGAAGAUCACAACUUUUUUAUUUCAUUUUAAUGCAUUUAACCCCUUUAAGUUUUAUGUGUGCUAUGCGGACAGUGAUAAUUUUACAAAUGCUUUUAUACAUAAUAGUCACAUUAAGUCAUGUUUUUGCACCCCAAAAUUAAAGUCCCACUUUGAAUGCAUCAGCAUUCCUAUUAAGACUCAGGAAGUCAUUUUUCUUUAUAAUGUAAUCAUUUCAAAAAACUGCUCACAACAUAAAAUAUGAACCGGUGAACUUAAACGCAUUUUGUAUAUUCCUUGAUAUUCCAGCAACACGUCUGAAAUAUACUGUACUUUUAUACAAAUUAAACGUUUUUAUAC